CGUGUUGUCCUCGUGAUGACAGCAAAUGACAGAACUGUUCGCUCCGGCUGAGCCCACUGAGAGUCGGCCAGCCGCAGACAAACGACCGCUCUCGCUUGAGAAAUCUCACGGUCCGCUUUGUUUGGCGCCACGGCGACACAGCAACAUCUGAAUUGGAAGUUUGCUCUUUGCCUCAAUCUGUGUGAGCGAGGGAAGAUGGUGAAGCCAGACAUCCAUAAUCUGGCCCACCACCUGAAGCAAGAGCGGCUUUAUGUGGCAUCAGAGAAGCAGCUGAUCCAGAGGCUAAACAGUGAUGUCCUGAAGACAGCAGAGAGGCUUUACCGGGCGGCCUGGAUUGCCAAGCAGCAACGGAUCAAUCUUGAUCGUCUCAUUCUCACCAGUGUGGAAGCCUCUCCAGCUGAAUGCUGCCAACAUGCCAAAAUGCUGGAAGACACACAGUUUGUUGAUGGCUACAAGACUCUGGGCUUCCAUGAGACCAUGUAUGGUGAGUUCCUGGCCCGGCUGAGGGAGAACCCCCGACUGGUGGCAUCGUGCUUGGUGGCAGGAGAGAGGCUUAACCAGGAGCACACUCAAGGGGUCAUCCACACCGUCUUCACCUCACUUUAUGGAAACUGUAUCAUGCAGGAGGAUGAGAGCUACUUGUUACAGGUGUUGCGGUACCUAGUAGAGUUUGAGCUAAAGGAGAGUGACAAUCCACGGCGACUACUGCGACGAGGCACCUGUGCCUUCAGCAUCCUUUUUAAGCUCUUCUCGGAGGGCCUUUACUCAGCCAAACUCUUCCUCACUGCCACCCUCCACGAACCCAUUAUGCAGUUGCUGGUGGAAGAUGAGGACCACUUAGAAACAGACCCAGGCAAAGUGACGGAGCGCCUCACUCCAGUCCAGCAGGAGCGCUUAGGAGAGAAGGGCUCUGAGGGCUACAAACAAAGAGUGCAGUCUGCUGUGGAGACUAAUGAAGCGAAGCUGGUUGCUCUCGUCAACAAGUUUAUUGGUUACUUGAAGCAGAACACCUACUGUUUUCCCCACAGCCUUCGCUGGAUUGUGUCACAGAUGUACAAGACCUUGUCAUGUGUAGAACGUCUGGAGGUGGGUGAGGUUCGUACCAUGUGUACGGACCUACUGCUGACCUGCUUCAUCUGUCCGGCGAUUGUUAACCCGGAGCAGUAUGGUAUCAUCUCUGAUGCUCCCAUCAAUGAAGUGGCUCGUUUCAAUUUAAUGCAGGUUGGUCAGCUUUUGCAGCAGUUAGCAAUGGCUGAUGAUGAUGCAGACCCUAGGCGGAAAAGCUGUUUGUCCAAAUUCGAAAAAAGUUGUGUUGCUGCUUUUCUGGAUGUUGUGAUUGGUGGAAGAGCAGUGGAGACACCACCAAUGUCCUCCAUGAAUCUUCUAGAGGGUUUAAGCCGGACUGCAGUCUAUGUUACACAUCAUCAGCUGAUAGCACUGGUGGAUUUUGUGCGUGGUGUGAUGGCUGGGGACCACCUUCGGGAGGAGGAGCACAUGGCCCUGGAAACCCUGUUGGCCAAUGUACCACAAUCACAAACUGUGAAGAGCAAUAGUCUGGAACUUACCCCUUCCAACACCCCGCAGCUCUCCCCUGCUAGCACUCCUGCCAACAAGAAGAACAGACUCCCCAUAGGACAACACUUAGCUGCUAUUACAUCCUGGGACCCCACAGCCUCCUCCCUGUCUGCUCACAUUCCAUUAGUAACCCCUUUUGCUGCUCGGAGCCGCAGCCGUAUUAAUAUAGCCCAGGAGGUGGAGGCAGAGGCUAGCUCCCAAGAGUCGUUGCAAGAGCUCAUGCCAGAAGAGGUACUGGUGAUGUCGCUUGGAAAUGGACCUCUGACUGUCCCUGGAAUGAUGUCAGAAAAUGAGGUUUUAAACUUGCAGAUGGCUGAAGGGUCCCAAGGCGACAGCCAUGCUGAUGACAAUAAGCUGCAUGGUAAACCAGACAAAACUCUGCGCUUCUCCCUCUGCAGUGACAACCUGGAAGGGAUCUCCGAGGGUCCAUCCAAUCGUUCUAAUUCCGUGUCGUCUCUCGACCUGGAGGGUGAGUCAGUUUCUGAGCUGGGAGCUGGACCUUCAGGGAGCAACGGUGUGGAAGCUCUCCAGCUUUUGGAGCAUGAACAGGCCACCACUCAGGACAACUUGGAUGAUAAACUGCGCAAGUUUGAGAUCAGAGACAUGAUGGGCCUGACAGAGGAUCGGGACAUUUCCGAGACAGUCAGUGAGACGUGGAGCACCGACGUGCUUGGGAGUGACUUUGACCCCAACAUGGAUGAAGAUCGGCUGCAGGAAAUGGCAGGGGCAGCUGCAGAAAACAUGCUCGGCAGCCUGCUGUGUCUCCCAGGCUCAGGCUCCGUGCUGUUGGACCCCUAUGGUUCCACAAUCUCCGAGACCACAAGCGAGGCUUGGAGUGUGGAGGUCCUGCCGAGUGAUUCAGAAGCUCCAGACUUGAAACAGGAGGAACGACUGCAGGAGCUAGAGAGCUGUUCAGGGGUUGGCAGCACCUCAGAUGAUACGGAAGUCCGUGAGGUCAGCUCGAGACCCAGCACCCCAGGCCUCAGUGUUGUCUCGGGUAUCAGCGCAACCUCAGAAGACAUCCCCAACAAGAUAGAGGAUGUGCGUUCAGAAUGCAGCUCAGACUUUGGAGGAAAGGACUCUGUGACCAGUCCAGAUGGGGAGGAGUCAGGCCACGGAGCACACCAUUUAACAUCACCACCCUCACAGGCAGAUUCCUUAUUGGCCAUGUUUGAUCCUCUCUCCUCUGGGGAAGCUGCUUCUACUGGAACGAUAGUGAGACCUAAGGUGCACUAUGCCAGGCCAGCUCACCCUCCCCCAGAUCCCCCCAUCCCUGAAGCCUGCGCCCUGGGUCAGGAGACGCGCCACUCACUCUUUAUGCCCCACAGCUUGGCUCAGGCUGAGUUGGAGCACACCAAGCAGCGCCAUUCCUUUCCUGACCGAUUGGUCCGUAGCCGAAGUUCUGACAUUGUGUGCCCAGGCCGUCGACCAACAAGUGACCCCGGCCUCAAUCGCCGUGUCGCAGUUGAAGACCGUGACCCUGUUGGGGCUUUUGCUUUAGGGCCAUCUUCGUCACCCAGCAAGGAUUCUUUGAAAGGAGAGUCUGAGGAAAGAAAAGACAGUGAUGAUGAAAAAGCUGAUCGCAACAAGUCAUGGUGGAAGAAGCGUUUCGUGUCAGCCAUUCCUAAAGUGCUGUAUUGGACCGCGGAAAGUGAUGUCCCAGCUCCAAUAGCAGCAUUUCGAAAAAGAGACAAGCAGGACAAAGACGAUAUAGCCCAGGAGCGAAUCCCGCAAGAUGACCCCUUGCCCAGACAAAGCUCCCAAGUCCAGGCAGCUGAAGACAUUCUGGACAAGUACAGGAACAUAAAGAGGACCAGCCCGAGUGAUGGAGCCGCAGUGGGAGUGGUCUAUGAGGGUGCUGGAGAUAUUUGUGUGGAAGACAGCGUGCAUGAUUCUCAGAGAGAUGAUGCUCUGCAGAACAUUUCCACUGAUGACCUCCCAGACUCUGCCAGUCAGACAGCUCAGCAGCCUGGCUCAAAGUUCUCUUUUAGUGAUGCCAAGAAAAAGUUGAGGUUGGCCUUGGGCUCUGCAGACUCGGUGGCGCUGCCCAUAAUGACCUCCACAACUGCUCGAAAUGGUCUGCCUGACCAUAUGGACCCUGAAGACAAUGAGAUCGUAUGCUUUCUAAAGGUCCAGCUCGCAGAGGCCAUCAACCUUCAGGACAAGAACCAGAUGGCCCAGAUUCAGGAGACCACGCGCUGUGUCAGCCGGUUUGACCCCCGCACCUGCAGGAAGCUUCUGGCUGCUAUAGCUGAGGAUUACAGAAAACGGGCUCCAUACAUCGCUUAUUUAACAAGGUGCCGUCAGGGCCUGCAAACCUCACAGGCCCAUCUGGAGAGGCUUCUCCAGAGAGUUCUCCGAGACAAAGAAGUGGCCAACCGCUAUUUCACCACUGUCUGUGUUCGCCUCCUUCUUGAACACAUGGAGUCCAGGAUGCUUGACUUCAUCAAAGCAUUCCAAGGGUGCACAGCAGCAGAUGACAAGACUGCAGCGGUAGAGGAUUUUCUGCGCUACUUGUACGGCGCCAUGGCCCGUGAUGCCAUUUGGCAGUACGCGAGUGAGGACCAGCUGCAGGAUGCCCAGAUGGCCAUUGAGCGCAGCGUUAUGAACCGCAUCUUCAAGCUGGCCUUUUACCCCAACCAGGAUGGAGACAUUCUCAGAGAUCAGCUUUUCCAUGAACAUAUCCAGCGGCUGUCCAAAGUUGUGACGGCAAAUCACAAAGCACUUCAAAUCCCAGAGGUUUACUUGAAGGAGACUCCCUGGCCCUCUGCACAGUCUGAGAUCAGGACCAUCAAUGCCUACAAGACACCCAGAGACAAAGUCCAGUGCAUCCUACGCAUGUGUUCCACCAUCAUGAACCUCCUUAGUCUGGCUAAUGAAGACUCUGUCCCUGGAGCAGAUGACUUUGUUCCUGUCCUUGUUUUUGUCCUCAUCAGGGCAAACCCGCCUUGCCUGCUGUCCACCGUUCAGUACAUCAAUAAUUUCUACGCCAGCCGACUGAGUGGGGAGGAGUGCUAUUGGUGGAUGCAGUUCACUGCGGCGUUGGAAUUCAUUAAGACCAUCGACGAUCGCAAGUGAAGCAGAACCGCCACCUGUAUGGGCAGACUGUGGGGGGAAGGAGCCGGGAGACUGGGAACCUUCCCACCCAACUGCACAGCUACUCAAAGCUGGCCCUCCGCCUGCUUGUCACGUGUAUAGCUUGUACAUAGCCACAGACGCUCAAAGAUUACAGAAUAUAUAAUAUUACUGUUCAUACGUUGAAAAAUCCAGGUCUUAGCCGUAGUGGGAAAACGGCUUUGGGGAAAAAUUGCAACAUCCUUGAACUUGAUAUGGGUCUUUCCUUUUUAUCUUUCUGUUUCUCCGUUUUUGGGUGUCUUGUCUUUAGGAGUUUAUAUAAAAUAUAUAAAAGCAGGUACAAUUAUAAAAUCAAAUCAAACCUGAAUGAUAAAUCUAUUUAAAGGGACCAGAUUUUGUUGGUGUGAUCAUCUCAUUUUAAGGAAAGUCUUUUUGGUUAUGUUACAUUAAAUUGUAUAUUGGAAACAUU